AUGACUUGUGAUUUGAAUUUAUUAUGGCCUAAAUCAAAUUACGAUGCUUUAACGCCUUCGGAGAUUACUAAUAUCAAAAACUUAAUAAUAACUUCAUAUAAUUUGGGGUAUUAUAAUGUUGUAAUCAAUUUUGAAGUUUCUGAAUCUUUAAAGUUACCUAUCAAUGAACCAUCAAAACUUAAUCCUAUAAAAAUCAAAGAAAUCAUAGAUAUUUCCAAAUUUCCUGAUUUGAAAGUGUUCACAAGAUUAACUGUGAUUGUUAAUGAUUCAUCCAAAUUAAUCAAUUUGAACAAAUAUCAAAAUUAUUUUGAUCUUAUUGCCAUAAAGCCUCAAACUGAAAAAUCUUUACAGAAUUCUAUCAUUAAUUUAAAUAUUGAUUUAAUUUCCAUCCCUUUGGAUACGAAGUUAAACUUCUAUAUCAAACAUAAGAUCGUAGGUAAAGCCUUGGAAAAGGGCAUCAAAUUCGAAAUCUGUUAUGGUCCUUUGAUUUCCAGUACCUCAACAUUAACUAGAAAAUUAAUGAUAUCAAAUAUCGUACAAUUAAUAAGAGCCACAAGAUCGAACGGUUUGAUAAUUUCUAGUGGUUCAAAAAAUCCUAUAAAUCUUCGAUCAUUCCAUAAUAUUAUGAAUUUCUUCCAAACUUUAGGUAUAAAGUUAAACCAUAUAAAUAAAUUUGAUGAUAAUGCUGAGAAAGCUUUGAUUAAUGGGAGAUUGAGAAUCAAUUCUUAUAAACAGACAGUAAUGAUAGAUGAUAACGUCAAUUUGUAUGAUAACUCCAAAGACGAAGAGAAUAACGUAAUGGCCAACAAUUAUAAGAAGAGAUUAAAUGAUGAAGAUAUAGGACAAAGGAAAAAAUUGCAUUCGUGA